AUGCGCCACUGGCUCUCGAAACAUCUGAAGGGCAGAGAACGAAGCGACAGCGCCGAUCGCGACGACGACAGCACAAAAGAACGAAGAGACGGCGAGUGGGGGUCGGGUCUCAUCACCGUGGCCCUGCUGCCCGACCUCGGGUCCACCACCAGCAGCUCUGCCCACAGCCUGCGGCACCAGCGCGCACGACACCCACGCGACGCCGCCGGCGACCGCGUGACCAGAGGCGGCGACGAUGGCGACGACGCCGAACUGCCCAAGGACCGGGCCUGGCGCAGUCGGGUGAAGCCGCUCGCGACCGACGAUCGGCGUAGGACCUCCGUGCAGCGGGCGGACAGCGACCUGCGCUCGCGGAUGGUGAGGAAUCCGUCGUUCGCGCGCAGCCGCUACGUGCUGACCAACACGGGCGCCUGGACGCGCGUGGCGCCGCCGGGGUCGCCGGGCGGCGGAAGGGCUCGAGACCUGCAGCGGAAGCGCACGCGGGACGGACUUGCGCGGCAGAGGAGCGCCGAGCGCGAUGCCUGCCCGCCGGGCCUGUUCCUCAUUCGUUAUCUCAAUCCGUGCGCGGCUGACCUGCUCGCCGGCGACAUGCGUUUGGUGGACGGACGGUGGGUGAAGAACGAAGAGGAGAGUGAGGUGUUGGAUCUGGGCGACGAAGAGGAGCUGCUGAAGUGGGCCGAAGACGAUGUCUACUACCAACCGCUGCCCAAGGAGUUUGACGUCGACGAAGAGCAGCUCCGGCUAUGGCGCGAGUGUGGGCGGAAACACGAGGAGACGCUGGGUGAGUGGGUGACGUGCGAACAAGACCCGCAGUACGUGCGACGCUUCAAAGAGGAGGGACUGCGACAGCUGUGGAUCGUGCGAGUGGUGGAUCGAGCCAACAGGCCACCGGCGGCCUGGGGCCGAUUUGGUGACGACGACGAAGAUGACGAGUCACGAUCAUCGCGACCCUCGGCCAUAGUCCAGCACCAGGGCGUCAUCUCGUUUGCUGCGGCCGAAAUGGAGGACACAGAUCUGGAGAUGGAAGACGAGGAAGACGACGGGUUCGAAGAUGGUCUGGAGAUACCGGAAGAGUUCGGACUCGUGGGAAAGCGAAGCAAGGAAGAGAACGAAGACGAAGAGGCAGCCAAGGGGACGGAGGACUCGUCAUCAUCGCCUGCGAAAGCAAAAUCGGAGGCGUCGGCGUUGGCGUCGGCGGGCCUCACCCUGCGACGCUUGACCGGCAACAACUUGGGCGGCCAGGCCACUCGACAGAUGGCGGGCGAGAGUGGGGGCCAAAACAAGAAGCGGAAGGACCACCGCGGCACCGUGAAAGACGACGGCGACGACAGUGACGACGAAGAUCACCACCACGGGCUCCCCACAGCGUUGAAUUGGCUGAUCGGAACGCUGCGCAAGGUCAUGGAGGACACAUCGCCCAGCCCACUGGUCCUGGAGACCUUCCUAGAAGAGGACCCUGACGCCGACUCCUCCGAUGAUAACUCUUCCUGGGACUAG